AUGAAGGAGGCAAUUGUUGACCAAGGGCCUGUGGUCAAGAUCAUUGAAUCUUCAAUCCCAAAGCCCAAUGAUGACCAAGUUGUCAUCAAGGUGGCAGUCAGCGGUUCGAACCCCAAAGACUGGAAAGUGCCUGAAUGGAUGCCCGAAAAAGUACUCAACCAGGGUGACGACAUCGCCGGCACCGUGCACGAGGUCGGCGCCAAUGUGACCGAGUUCAAGCCCGGCGAUCGUGUGAUGGCUUUCCACGAGAUGAUGACACCAGGCGGCAGUUAUGCCGAGUACGCCGUCGCAUGGGCGCACACCACAGCGCAUAUCCCCAAGGGCACGUCGUUCGAGGAGGCCGCUGCAAUCCCUCUGGCUGCACUUACGGCCGCUUGUGGGCUCACCACGAAGCUUGGCCUGCCGCAGCCGUGGCAGCCCGCGAGCGAGCCGACGCCGCUUGUCAUCUACGGCGCGGCCUCGGCGGUGGGCAUCUACGUGGUGCAGCUUGCGCUGCGAGCUAACAUCCACCCACUCAUCUGCAUCGCUGGCAACUCACAGGAUCACGUGAAGUCGUUCAUUGACCCCUCCAAGGGCGACACCAUCAUCGACUACCGUAGCGGCGACGAUGCCGUGGUAGAGGGCAUCAAGAAGGCCGCCAACGGUGCAAAUCUUCUGCACGCGUAUGACGCGGUCUCCGAGAAGAGCAGCUACGUCAACCUCGGUAAGGCGCUCUCUGACGGUGCUACGAUUACCACCGUGUUGCCAGUGAAAGAGGAGGAUGUGCGCAGCAGCGUCCAAGUAAAGAAGACCAUGGUUGGCUCGGUGCACCAGGACGAGAAGGACCUCGGGUUCGUGUACAUGAGAUACUUCGCCAAGGGGCUCCAGGACGGUUGGUUCAAGCCUCAGCCACAGGAGGUCGUGCCAGGUGGGCUUGGCGGGGUCCAGAAAGGACUGGAAAACUUGAAGGCUGGGAAGGCGAACGCGGUCAAGUACGUGUUCAGAAUUGCGGAGACGAAGUGA